AUGAGACCAAUAGAGCUACUAAACAACCUAUCAAUCCUACUAAGAACAACAUCAACCUACAAUCAAUUCAAACACACUCAAAUUCAAAAACAAAAAUCCAAAAUUGAAGGUUUAUCAACUACAUACUUACUCUUACAAUUUUAUUCAAUUGGAUUAUCUUUAAUAUCAUCGUUGUUCUAUUUACUAGAUCCAAAAAUUCAAUCACAAUACAAAACAAGAUUUUUUGGAGAAAAUACACCUAUAAAUUUACCUUAUUCUUUCAUAGAGAUAAUAUAUUGUGGACUUUCCGUGGUGUUACUACUACAAGUCAAACCAAGAUUAAAUAAAGAAUUAUUAGUAUUUAUACUACUACAGCUAAUUCCAUUUGCAUAUUUAUACAAAUUAUGGUGGUUCAAUCAAGCUAAAAUUUUUAAAUUAGACUUGGUGGAUUAUUUAUGGUUUUUGGGUAAAUUUAAUUUUUGUAUUUAUUUGAUACCACAAGUUUACGAGAUUUGGUUAUUGGAAAAUGGGAAUGGGUUACAUUCAGGAUGGCUAUUGUUUAAUUCUGCUGCUUUGGCGUUUGAAAUUGGUGGAAAUUACGUUAAUGAUUUGGAAUGGUUUGAAAAUCCUUUUAAUUUUGGGAAUUAUUGGAUUAUUAUAUGGUGCAAUUUGAUAUGGAUAUUGAUAAUUUUAAUUCAGACAAAGUAUUUGUAUAGGCAUAGGGAGGAAAUAGUACAUUAUAAAGAAGUAUAA